AUGUUGGAAGAACAAGAGGCUUCUUAUGUGGAGCUGCUGCUGCUGCUGCAGCAGCAGCAGCAGAACCCCAAAGUCCUGCUUCCGGUGCUCCAGCUCGUGCUGCAGUGCAGCGGGGACCCCGACUUCAUCCGCUUUCUCAUUAGUGGCCUUUCCUCCACCAAGGAGCACCAAAACAAGCAGCAGCAGCAGGAGCAAAAACAGCAGCAGCAGCAGCAACAGCAGCAGCAGCAGCAGCAGCACCAGCGGGAAGCUGUUGUGCAGGGGCUGCGCCGCCUGCUGCGGCUCGUAGGCGGCAAAGACGGCAGCCUCUCUGCGCUGAGCACAGAAAUCUUAAUUAACUUAACAGCAAACGAAACCCUGGCUGAACUCAUGCUGGAGGAGUACAAAGACAUGACCAGCUUGCUGCUGGAGAACCUGAAGCGGCAGCAGCAGCAGCAGCAGCAGCAGCAGCAGGGGGAAGAAGAGGUGCCGCUGCACGUGGGCAUUAGCCUGAUGCUGCUGAGCAGCUACUGGAAGGAAAAGGGGAUUUUCUUGCUGCAGAUUCUGCAGAACGUAACAGCAAAAGAUGAGGCUGUGGCCUUUUUGCUGCAGCGGCGCAUGCAGACUCUUAACGAGCUGCUAGAUUUGCUGCCUCACCUGCCACCGCUGUGCCAGCAGCCCUUUUUGCUGCUGCUGCUGCGGCUGGCUUGCUGCGAGCAGCUGCACCCGCUGCUGCUGCCGACGGACCACAGGCAGCUGCAGCAGCGCGUGCAGCAGCACCAGCAGCAGGAACAGCAGCAGCAGCAGCAGCAGCAUGAAGACUGCCGCUUGCUGCUGGCUCUUUGCUGCUUCCUCUACCCAAAGCCUGGCAGCCCGCAGCGCGCGAAGGCGAAAGAUGAGCUGGAGGCCCAAGACGCAGAAGACGACAAGCAGCGGCAGCAGCAGCAGCAGCAGCAGCAGCAGCAGCAGCAGCAGCAGCAGGAGACUGGGGUCACAGAGAAGCAGCGGCUGCGGUUUCUACACCCCAAAGUGGAUGCCUUGAGUUUCGGCCCUGCAACAGACCCGAAGGCGCGGCGGCUGGCUCUGGAAGCUUUGGGGGCUUUGGCGGCUUCUGCGUACGGCCGAGAAACGCUGCGGUGGUUUGGAGUCUACGAAGUGCUGCGGGCGGUUUUCUGCAUAGAGCCGGAAGAAGAACUAAGGGAGAAGGUGGAGCAGAUGGUGCACUUGCUGGUCUUCUCUGAAGAAGAGCUGGCCCAGCAAGACAGUCAGCUGCAAAGGCAGGCAGCAGCAGCAGCAGCAGCAACAGCAGCAGCACCUAAGGCACUGACAGGCCCAGAGACACAGCCGGAACACAGCAGCAGCAGCAGCAGCAGCAGCAGCAGUGGUAGCAGCAGCAGCGGCAGUUGA